AUGCCCUUGUUUGAAAUGUUAGUCAAAGACCUUCCUCAAGAUACAACCAAGUUUGUAACCUCGACAUCCGGGGGUAGUGGGCGUGGCAGUGGAGACAGCUAUGAAACGUUAACUGCAUAUUUUUCCAAGUUAAGACUCCUUGAUUCCUGGAAGGCAAAUCCGGUGCUUCUAUCAUUGAACCAAAUUCUGGAACAAGAAAUAGCAAUUGCUAUCGUCGACGCCAUAGAUUUACACGAUGCAAAUAUUCUCAUUUCUAAAAAUUUAAUUGGUUAUAACUGCACGCGAUGGUGUUACAAUGUGAGUGUCCCAGCGAUCUUAGAUGUAACAGGUUGGACUGAAGAUAGAUUAAAUGGUAAAGUUCGACCAAUUGUGCGAAUUGGAAAUAUUCAUAAUGCAAUUUUGAAAACAAUUGAAGAAAGAUUCUGCUGUAAUAUGACAAAAAUUGCAAUGCGCUUAAAACUAGUUAAUGGAGUAAACCUGACUGCAGCCUAUAUCAACAUUUGGGAAAUGUUCGUGCCUUAUAUUAUCGCUGCAGCAAUUCAAUGUAAAGCCAAUGCGUUGGAAGUGACCAGAAAAGGACUUAUAGAUCUACUUCGUAUUGACUGGAAAACACUUCGUAGCUAUGACUUAAAUGAGAUAGACAGAUACGUCUUCUCUGCAUAUGAAGAUAUUCUCCGUCGGAAAAAAUUGUUUGAAACUAAGUCGAUUACAACUGCAGCUCUUGGCACCUUUAAUCACUGGCGAAAUACCACAAUGGCUCAAUUCGCUGACAUCGUUAGUCAGUUUUUACCCCUUGAUUUGGAAAUCUUAUAUCAAUGGCAACCUUCUCAGCGAUUUGCUAUUGAAAAUGUCCCAAUGUCGAUCUUCGAGUCUGGUUGCAGUAACAUAUCGUUUACUGAUCCUUUGUUGGCCCUAUCACGAACUCUUUUUGGUUCUUAUAAUAAAUUGCCAUCUUGUGAAGUUGCAGUUCUGUUGUCCAGAUCACUCAACGAGAUCGAAAAGAAGUUUGCAGUUGUUGUUUCAGAUCAAAAUGUUUUGGAGAUUUUUCGGAAUGUAAGUACGAAAAGCAGCUGGUUUGACAUAUACGAACUACUCCAACUCAAACUUGAUCAUGGGAUCUGGAUGGAAACGCCAACUUUGAGUCAGAUAUCUGCAUUUACAAGAAAUGUGUCAAUUCCAAUAGCAAUAUGGAAUAUAAAAAAGUUCAAUACUUCUUCAACUCUCAAUGUUAUAAUGCGUUCCAACUACCUUUCAUUUUUAACAAAACUGCUUACCACAUAUGGUUACACAUCUUCAAGCAUCGGACAAGCCGUUGGUAUUACUGAAUCUCAACUAAAUUCCCUAACAAUCCAAGAAGCGCACCGCUUAAUAAUUAUGUCGAUACAAACAAGAUACAGCAUUAAUGAUUUAGCCUCUCUACUUGGUAUUAAUGGAGUGGAUACUCAUGUUCUUGUCAAUCUACCAUCUUUCGAGUGGGACAGAGUAGUGACUGUAGCUGUCAAGCAUGCUUUUGAACAUGCUGCGAAUGCAUUUUCCGUAUAUCUCAGUAAAGGUGGUGUUAAAAUUACAACCGUUGAGGGAUGGUUUCCUGCAAUACAGAUUUUUCCUUCAGCUAGAUAUCACGAUGAGAAAAUCACACCAACACAACUAGCCAGGUGUAUCAACAGCCUGAAACCAGCGCCGCUGAUUUAUGGAAUGUCUUUUGCUGCAUACCAUCGCUUACACAAUAACAGCAUCGUUCCUCUAUUAAGAAGCAAAAUAAAAUAUGAAGUGGAAAUUAUGCAACACUUGCUCGAUUCUUUGACAUUUGAUUUUGAUGUUGUAAAGUUUUUCUCCGUGGCUAAAGUCAUCACUUUACAUACAGGAAUGACAACUGAUAACCUACAUUGUCUGUACGGGUGGUCCUCUACUUUCCUCAAUACUGACCUUGCCAUAACCUUUCAGACAGCAAAUGAAACUCGUCUCUGCAAUGAUUUUCUUGGCCGAACCAUGUUUGAUAUAGUCAAAAUAAUUUCAAGAAAUAUACUGUGCUGUAAGUAGUUCAAGGCUUCUUGAUAUAUCUCCUACACAGACAGUACAGACGCGGAUGUACAUGUACAAAGACGAAAAUUUUGGGGAUUUCAUUCCUUAAUUAAGAUACGUUAGACGCAAACUCCUCACUCUACUGCAGGCAAUUUACAUUUAAUUAGUGAAACAAAUAUCAAUCCGUAAACAUUAAUAUCUCAAUACUAAUAUCAUGGCAAAAUACAUUAAGCCGAGGCGGGCAGGCCUAGCAAAUUGCCGAACUUUUAAGUAGAAUUUACCAGACUAAACACUAAAACUGAGUCUUGAAUGCAGCCCCCUUCCCCGCCUCGUACGCCUGGUUUCCUGCUUUUUCGUCUGAAUUUUGAGAAGGUCGUAUAGAAGACAGCAGUUUAUAACUGUAUGCUUUGAUCAGACUGUGUGACAGUCAAAACCAUAUUUAUAAUUUUACUCAUAAUCAAAUGUCCGUUUGCAAUUGUGUGAACAUUUGAUAGGCCUACGUAGAUUUGACAAAUUCCGAAGAAAUGGUUCAUCCAAGGUUUGGAUUAAGAUUAAUUUUACCUUGGAUUAAGAUUAAUUUUGCAUUUCUUUGGAAUUGCUUUUGCAUCUUUAACAUUCUUCAAUAUAUUUAUUUUAGCUCAAAAUUCAACUCAGUGCCGAAAAAACCCAUGUGGUGGCAAUAUGACAUGUGCAGAGAUCCCCCCAGAUUCAUUUCAUUGUACCUGCAAUGUAGGUUUCACAGGGGACGCAGUUCAAGGAUGCACUGGUGAGUACAGAUUGUAAUCAGUUUUCUUGUUAAUUUAAUCACUUGAAGUAAUUUAAUCUGAACUGUUGACCGAACAAACAGCACUAUAUUGCAGUCAAAAACCCAAUGGGAAAUAACCUCAUAUUUCGCGCACGAAUACGCGCGUCUCUUUAAUGAUAAACCCAAUCACAACGCUAUCCCUAGCCGUAAAUAUUUAACAGUUAUUCUACGAACUCGAGUCGAAUAUGAGCUGAUAGCCGGCGAUGAGGCGCGUAGCGCCGAAUCGGCUAUCGCUCAUAUUCGACGAGAGUGAGUGGAAUAACUGUUUUAUUAUAUACACAAGGUCUGAAUUGUGUUUUUAAUCCUGUGAAGGCAAUAAAAAGCGACAACUUGCCGUUUUCUCGUUUGCAGAACAUCGUAAAUUCAGUUUGGCCGCCAUUUUGUUUUUCUCUACUAGCAGGAUAUGAGCUAAUAUCCUGCUAGUAGAGAACCAAUCAGAUUGCAGAAAACCUCAUAUCCAGACCUUGUGUAUAUAAUAAAAGGAUAUAGCGGUCAUGUGGCCCAAUAUUCCACGCAGUUUAUAGUUCCAUUUCGGUACGAAAUAGUCAGUGUGGUCCACAUUCUACUUUGCCGACACUCAUAUAGUCUGUUUUCAUAAGUUACAUAACUGCAGUCGUAAAUCUUAAGGGAUGGAAAAAAGAAUGGGAAGAAAAUGUCGGCAGAGUAAACUGUGGGCCACACUCACAAUUUUCCUAGGGUAACCUUUUAGAUAACAUGGACUUAUAUCGUGGCAAGUUGCAGCAAAAAUUGCCGUGUGAAACGUAGGCUAUAAAAUUUUCGCGGAAUUUUAAUCUUUUCCAUACACCUUGUGUACAAAUAACUAAUCGAUUUUAUGUAUUGCAUAUUGAAAAAGAGCUCGAUCCAGACUUAUCCAAUCCGACUUCUUCAUCACACAGUAUAUCAACGCCCUCACCAGACAGUGAAUCCAAUCCAACGCCAAGUAAAUUUAAUCCAACGCCCUCUUCAAACAAGAAAUCGAAUGCAACGCCUUCCCCAGACAAAACCCUUAGCGUUGUUAUUGGAACAGUUGUGACUACGCUUAUUGUCAUAGUAACAGUCGUUGUUUGUUUCCUGCAUCGACGUAAACCAAAACGGAAAAAGCGAGACAUUGGUAAUUAUAUUGAGAAUUCGACUUUUGAAUUCCAAGGUAACACACCACAAAACAGAACGCUACCAGAGGAAGCCUAUUCUGAUAAUGGUUAUCUGCAACCAGCUGAUGUACAAUCUAACAGAAGGCUACCAGAGGCACCCUAUUCUGAUAAUGGUUAUUUGAAACCAGCUGAUAUACAACCUAACAGAAGGCUACCAGAAGCACCUUAUUCUGAUGAUUAUUUGAAACCAGCUGAUAUACAAAGUAGCAGAAGGCUACCAGAGGCACCCUAUUCUGGUUAUUUGAAACCAGCUGAUAUACAACCUAACAGAAGACUGCCAGAGACACCCAUCUAUUCCAAUAGCAUAUAUUAUUCAGAAACGGCAGUCUACUCAGAGUUGAUCGCCUCCAAAAGGAUUCCCAUAGAUGCUAACUACCAACACUUAAGUCACAACAACAAACAAGGUAAAUAUUUUUGCUUUCCAAUCUACAGUUUUGUAUCCCAGUUUACACCUAAGGAUGGACAAUCGCAGAUAAAAGUACUGCCCAUUCUCACUUGAAACGUCACUGCAAUGUUUGUAAUGAACAUAUUCAAUGCUUCAGUUAGCUCAGCAUAGAACAGAUAAAAGUUAAAACACUUCAUAUCGAAACCUGCCCAUGCUUUUGAAAAACAUGAAAGUUUUACGUGAAGUAAUGUGAACACAGUCUCAAGCUUGACUGGAUACAAGCUUAAUGUUUUGAUAUCUUGCUUUCUUUUCGGAAUUUCUCCUCUAAAAUGAUUGAAAAAUAUGAAUUAUCACAUUUUUAUCAUGCAAUGAGAUUCUGAAAGAUAAUCAUUCUUAACUUGUUGAAAGAUUUUACACUGACACCAAUGCAGAAUCUUGGAAUCGCGGAAAAUAUCACAAUGAAUAUCACAAUGAAAUAUCUCAAAGAAGAAACAAAGUUAACAAAAAUCUACAAAAGCAUUUUCAUUUAGCUAUGCUGUUGCCUAUUGUUAUUUUUGUGCGAGCGCUCAAUUAGGCUAGAGAAAGAAUUGCACCUUUUUCAAUUUUCAUUUCAACCAAUCACAAUUCAGUAAUCAUAUCCAGAUUUGAGAUCUCAGUAAUUCUAAUUUCAAAUUGAUACAGGAGAGCAGGCGCAACUGGACAACAAACUCGAUGCGGAAAAAAAUCAGCAAAUUGUGUCGCUCAACAUGCUCAACAAUCGUGGAGACGCAGCAAGCAUUGGGGAAAAUUGUAGUGACGUGAUAAAUCAGCAUGGAAACGAGGUUCCCGAAGAAUCAUUAUACGAAGAAUUAGCAUAA